CGGAAGUAGUGCGGGCAAGGUGGCCCCGCAGUGCCGGCGCAGAGCGGUACGGAGAAGCCGUGUUGUGUCACCUGCGUCUUGGGACCCCAGCCGAGAUGCCGCGCUUCGCCUUGACCAUCAUCCGCCAUGGUGAAACAAGACUUAAUAAGGAGAAAAUCAUUCAAGGACAAGGAGUAGAUGAGCCCCUUUCUGAGACUGGGUUUAAGCAAGCAGCUGCUGCUGGUCGAUUUCUGAACAAUGUGCAGUUUACACACGCUUUCUCCAGUGAUCUCACGAGGACUAAGCAGACCAUAUGUGGCAUUUUGGAGAAAAGCAAAUUUUGCAAAGACAUGGCGGUGAAGUAUGACUCCAGACUUCGGGAAAGGAAGUAUGGGGUCGUAGAAGGCAAGCCACUGAGCGAGAUGAGAGCCAUGGCCAAAGCCGCUGGGGAAGAGUGUCCCAUGUUCGCUCCGCCGGGAGGAGAGACACUGGAGCAGGUGAAAAUACGUGCAAAGAAUUUCUUCGAUUUCCUUUGCCAGUAUGUCUUGGACGGGACAGGUCAGAGAGAAAACUUCUUCCCCAGAGCUGCAGGCAGCUGUCUGGAGAGCAGUUUGGCGGAGGUGUUCCCUGUGGGGAAACGGGACAGUUUAGAGUUGCAUCCUGAUGGUGGCGCCCCGGGCUUAGCAGCCAGCGUCUUGGUUGUGAGCCAUGGAGCUUACAUGAGAAGCCUCUUUGGUUACCUCAUAAGUGACCUCAAAUGCUCCUUGCCAGCAACACUAGGCAAAGUUGAACUCUCGUCGGUUACUCCCAACACUGGGAUGAGUGUCUUUCUCAUAGACUGCGAGGAAGGACGCGAACCAGCAAUUCAAUGUAUCUGCAUGAACUCCCAGGAGCAUCUAAACGGAGUGACCGGAAAAUGCUAAGUUUAAAGCCCUUACACUCAGAAGCCUCUAAAGGGAGUGCCUUGGCCGGUUGCUUUUGUGUCCUCUGCUCCUGCUGUUUUAGAAGCAGUUAAGAAUUUGUGUGAUAAAGCCCCACUGGGGUCCUGGUUUUUCUGAGUACACUGAGUUUUCUGCAGUGACUUCGCCACUCUUCCGUAUGGACAUUCAGCACUGCACAGUAGGGACUACGAUCCCUCCUUCUACAUCCUUCAUUUCAUUGACCCUUUUGAUGUCUGGAUGAUGGUAUUGCCUUUUCGAGAUGAUUGUAUGUGUUUUCACUAGCUUAUCAAGUGCUUUCAAGAGAGAAUGGUUUGUAUAAUUCACUGCAUAUCUGCAGUGAUUGUGUUACAGUGCAAAGCCCUUUAAACUGAAACUAUUUACUGUCUUAAGUAUGUGUAAUGUAAAAUGAGAAAACACUAAAGCAUCUUUCAUAGAAA